UUCAGUGCUUUCGAGAGUUUCGCCAGUGAAAGGUGACUUAGUUUCCUAGCGAAUGCCGAGCUGCCAAGUGGUGGAGAUUCUAGCUCUGAGCUGAACGCCGGUCGGUCGUUAACGGUAUUGUGUCUGGUCAAGUGCCUUUCCCAGUUUUGAGCACAUGGCUUACGAUUUUCUGUGAAAAAUAGCAAAUGAGGAAGAUUUAUCACGAGUCAGUCACGAUUUGAGGUGACGGGAUCAGGCAACCUUAGGAAAACCCCCACCGGAUUAGUAAUACCGUGAGCUACGUGUGCCUUUGGUGAGCAAAGUUCAGGUCGCAAAAAAUAGUUUCAAUGACAGAGAAUUGAGAUUUGUGGAAUGCAGUUCAAUUGAAUACGCUACAGUUCGAAUGGAACUGACAUCAUCGUAGAUCGUGCGUGUGUGUCUUUCAUCAAAGUUGAGUGUUCCACCCGAAUUAAGUCUUGUGUUGCACCGUAUGCUGCAAGUUCAUGCAAUCUUCGUCAACGCUGGUGGUGAAGGCAAGAAGAGAAAUAUAAUAAUUGCCACGUUAAAUAAUUUUUCGAGCGCAACGACCGAAACGAGUAAGCUAGAAAAUAAAGUGUGCGAUUUUAUGUUUGUGUGCUGGUGAAGUUUUACGUUUUGUGUUUUCGGUGGAUUCCAGCGACGCUCCAGGGAGUGUCGAAUUUUUGACUGCCUGCGCUAUCGUUGGUCAGGUGAAAAUGUGCCUUCGCAGCGUGGCCGAUCGAAACCAGCUGAUAUUGGUCAAUUGCGGUUGCAGUGUCGGCGGCGGUGCAGUCGAGUAAUAGUGUCUCUAGUUUCAAAUCACACUCUCUCGCGGUAACCAUCUGUGUGUUGAAAAGGGAAGGAAAAAAUACCGCGAGGGAAAACCAGCAGCAGCGAGCGUGAUUAUUAGAAGCGAUUGCUUCACAACUCCGCCAAGAAGAGGAAGUAGCGGCCCACAACAAUCUGUUCAAACAUUUACACAACCAGUUGAGCGAGCGAGCGUCAAACAGAUCUUAGCGAAGGAUUGCUUGUCUGGAGUUAAGUUGGAAAAGCGAGACGGCUACGGCGAAAUUCGGAAAAGAAAUUACGAUCUAUAACUGCGCAACAAUGGAUAGCGUUAUGAACGACCUGCUCUUCAAUCCGGCGGAGUGGCCCUCGAACUCGUCGGAGGAUUUUAUGGAUCUGUUCCAGAUGGACACGAACUUGCUGUUCAGCGAAGGUUCUGUCGGCGCGACCGACGACAUAGCGUCCAGUUUGAUCAAUAACCUGCAGAAUGGUUUCAACUACGAAGAUCUAUGUGGACCGUUGAACGGGGACGGUUCGGCGAUAGGGCCGAUUGGCCAUCAAGCCAUGUCACCGUCUUCGUCGCUCAGCUCGGAUCAGGAAUUCCAUGGUUUUCCGAAUAGCAACAGCAGCGGCAGCAGCAGCAACGGCUUCGAGGAUGAGUUCAUCAGUGGAUCGCCUCAUGAAAUGACCGGCAUUGUUAAACCUGGCGUCAAGGUCGAAGUCGAUGAGGCCAUGAAUGAAUUCAGCGCCUUCGAACGGAAUGCAGAGCAGCAGGUUCGUUCGUCGGCCUCGUCCGAUAGUGGACUCUCGAGUGAUAAUUUGGAUUUUGACCCAACCGUGGAUUAUGAAGCACUUAGCCCAGCGAUCUCAUCACCGGGACCUUCGAUAAGCGAACGAGGUGGUCUUAACUCUCCUCCUCGCUAUGUGAAACAACCGAUCCAGCAAUCCAUUCAGAAGCAACAGAUUGUAGUCCAACAACCGAUUCAACAGCACACCCUUACUGUUCCAGUUAAUACGCCGCCACCGCUAUCACCUGCCACAUCGACGGUCACGAAGAAUGGCAAAGUCUACCAAACAGUCAAAACCGUAGUUACCAGCAGCGGUCAGCAGAAUAGAAAGAACCCCACAAAGGUUAUCGUUGAGAAGGUUACGCCGGAAUACGAGACCGGUGCCAGCAUGGUUAUCAAUAAGGAUCAAUUGCAAACAACUCAACUGGCUAACGGAAAAGAAGUUAAAAUUUACCGCGUUGCUUCACUCAAGAACGGUCAAACGGUCAACGUUGCUUCUGGGGCCAAUGCCAACAAGAAAGUUACCCUGCAACUCAAGAAUGGAGCAUCAAAUACGGUUGCUGCUAAAACAGGAGGAACCGUUUUCCUGAACAACAAAAACGUGGUUGUAACAUCUUCACCCAAUGGUCAAACAGGUGUACGCAAGAUCAUUCGUGUUCAACAGCAGCAACAGCAAAAUGGACGCUCAAUCUUGGUCCCAGUUUCGAUUCAAGAUUUGCGCACCAUAAAAAUAGUGAACUCGGCUAACCUUAAGCCUAAAUCCGCUAAUAUUAAACUGGCCGCAGCUAAUUUGUUGCAACAAUCAAAGCAGGGUUUAAUCCAGAAGAAUGUAGUUCUUCCCAAGGAACAGCUGAUGAUGGACGAUAGUGAUACAGCACAUACUUCUGACAACGAAAGUUUCAUUUUCGAGGACAUUAUGCAGCAGAGCAACUCUGUCAUUGCCCAAGUAGAGCGGCAACAGAAGCAACAACAGCACCAAAUAUCAAGCGAUUCGGACGCCGACAUGGACCAGGACGAUGAUUUAGACGUCGACGAUGAUAGCCUAACCGGCGGAUCGAAACAGAACGGUUCCGGAGGUUAUCAGAAGCUGAUCUUGACGACGGAAGAGAAACGUUUGUUGACCAAGGAAGGUAUCAGCCUGCCAACGAGUUAUCCACUGACGAAACAUGAGGAGCGAGAGCUGAAGCGAAUUCGACGAAAGAUUCGCAACAAGAUCUCCGCCCAGGAUUCGCGCAAACGGAAGAAGGAAUAUGUUGAUGGAUUGGAGGAACGAGUAAAACAGUGCACAGAAGACAACCAAACACUCCUGAAGCGCAUCAAGAUCCUACAGAGCCAAAAUCACGAUCUCAUGAGCCAGAUGAAGAAGAUCCAGUCGCUUUUAACCAAGGGCACCGGCAAAACUACCCAACCCGCCACAUGCUUGAUGGUACUGCUGCUCAGUAUGGCUUUAGUGGCCGUGCCGAACCUCAAGCUGGGUGGUUCCCAUCAGCAGCAGAACAUUCAGGAUUCGAUCGAGAUGGCGGAACUAUUGCAGGAAGCUGCCAGCGAGAAAAUGGAGGUCCCAGCCCACGCGCAAAAUCGGCGCUCGCUUCUGUUCGAUACCAAGGAACAGCUCGGCGAUGCAUUGGUCGAUGAAGAAAUGAACUUCGAUGAGAUCAUGGCUUUCAAUGUGAACUCUCUGAUUGCUAGCGAGCACGACUAUUCCUCGGAAGAGGAGCCCAGGGCUAAGCGGUCAAAGGCCCAAUCCCUGAUUGAGUAUGACGUGGACGACGAAAUCUGGAACGGCAGCAGCAAAAUACGCAUCAAAACGGAACUGAAUGAACCUGUGAAUGGAGUAUUCGAUCAGAAGGCAAAAUUGUUCCAAGAAGUAUUCGAGAAAAAGCUGAAUGAACAGAGCUCUGGAUUCAACAUAAAACCAGAACAGCCGAGCGAAGUGAUCAUCGACCGUGAACUGCUGGAUGGAUUAUCUAAGCAAGGUUCGGCAUCGAUAUACGACAGUUUGAAUCUUGACAACCUUAAGAACGGUGGUGGAAUCGAACUGCAACUAACGAACGGUGGCAUUUCGGCAACGGCCGGAAGUGUUGAAGAGAUAGCUAGGAAGCUGAAUGCUUCACAACAAAUUCAACAGCAGAAUAAUAAGAGGAAACUUCUACUUUAAACUGAUGAUAAGCUGCUUGCAUCUUAUCCUAACAUAUUUUUAAUUGGGCUGUUAUUUCUAUGUGUACAUAAGUUCUAUUUAGUUAAGAAUAUAUUAUAUACUAUUGAAGUUUAGAUAGUUCUAGACUGUAUUUCUACACACUGUGUAGCUCAAUUGUGAACUAGCAUUUGUGUUAAGUGUAUUGAGACAAGGAUAUCUUACAUUACACAUUUAGUAUUGAAACGUACUGGUAUAAGUUUUGAAAUUUUUCUCCUGUUUUCAAAUUAGAUAGAUUCUCUAUUUAAUCCUCCUUGUUGCUUGUUUAAGACUUUAUAUUAUGUUUAGGUCAAAUUUGAUUAUUGUGCAAUUUAAUUUUGUUUUCCUUAUUCUAUUCACUAUUACAUAAGUAUACCUAGUUGCUUAAAAAUGAUAACUUCUUUCCAUUGAAAACUUGUUUAAUAUUACUUAUGUUUAUGUAAAUCAUAAGACAUUUAACAGAAAAUUAAACAGACAGAAACAUUUCUUCGCAUUAAGAAGUAUGUAAGCAUUUUUUUAUCAACAUCUCUAAUAUGAUAAAAAAAUAUUUUUGCGUAUUCUUCAGCAGCCUGUUCAGACUACGAGCCAUAACAUAUGAUAUGGUGUAGCACGCGGUAGCACUGUUAUAGCUUCAUGUCAAACUUCACACAUCUAGUUUUCACUGGGAAACGUUUAUCUCGCGCUUAGGAUAAUAAGGGCGUAACUGUAUUGGUCGAUUUCUCUUCAUUGAAUUAAAAGUUACAAACUAUGAUUGUUGCCUCUGGUGCAAGUUGCAACUAUCCUUUAUCGCUCCAAACCAUAAAAUCUAAGGUCAUCUGUUGAAAUUAGCUGCAUUGAUAAGAAGAAAACAUCGAUGAAGUGAAUCAAUCAAUGCCAAUACACCCCUAUCAUCCUAAGCGCGAGAUAUGACGUUUUAUAUCAACAUACACUGUACCAAAUGAUAAAGCUGGUAAUCCGAAUGGGUUAUAAUUAUGUCGGUGGAAAGAUUUGGAGCUACUUCUAAAGCAUGUAGAUUUCAUAUUUUCUCUACUACCUACCUGUGAGAAAAUUGAACAUAGCUAAGCACUACCUGUGGCACUACCAUCAAUUUAUCAGAAAGGCCAACUGCAAAUUAGGCAACUUUGAAUGCUAGCUGUAUACCAAUGUUUGUCAGCAAAAUACAAAUAUCCUGUGGUUAAGUAACCCACAACAAUAAACGAAUUGAAUGUUGUUAACACUUAACCAGGUUCAAAUUAAGCUCCAACGCGGUCUAUGUGCAGGACAGGAAUAAUUUAAACACGCCGUCAAGGAAUAGAUGUAAAUGUUAUUGUACACCACACACUACCGUAUAAUAUAUAUUGUUGUAUAUAAACAACAGCA